GUCGUGGCCGUGGACUUCAAUCCGGACCUGCCUCUGAACGAGGCGAAGGUGGUGAAGUAUUCUGCCACGGCGGAGUGGGAUGGCAGCGUCUACACCGUAGGCUCCCUUCUCGCCUACGCGCUGAUGGCCCAUAGCUUCGGCUACUCCUUCGCCUAUGCACUGGAGAUGGGCUCGCACGCCUUCUUCGUUCGCUCAGAUUUGCUGCACGAGGAGGACCAUUCUCUUCCGCUGCGCAAUGUCAAGAAGAACUCGCAUCCACCGGACACCGAGAACCGCCAGUUUGUAGACGUCCUGUACGACUUUGUCCCAGGUUCUCCUGGGCGGAGGGGAUGA